CAUUCUUAUAAAGUUAAACACUGCGUAUGUGCAGUUAUAAUCAGUAGUAAUGAUGCAUCUAAUACGAUUUAUUUUACUUGACAUAAUGGAUCAAGCUCUGAAAAAAAUCCUGAAUCCGCCCUUGCCGUGUUCAGUUUAUAUAUUGUUAAACAAUUACAUAUCGUUUUGAGAAGUGUUCACUGCAUGCGCUGGUUUCGUCGUUGUCGCAGGUCGCAGACAUGGCACGGAAACCGAAUUUCUCCCAACUUGAAAUCGAAACUAUUAUUGAGGAAGUCCAAAACAAUAGUGAUAUCAUAAAUUCUUCCUUUUCAAACGUAUCGACGAAUGCAAGUAAGCAAAGACUAUGGAGUGGCAUUGCAUCAAAGGUGAGCGCUGUCAGCGGCGUUGAAAGGACAUCGGAAGAUGUUCGGAAAAAAUGGAGAAAUGUAUCUAGUGAUACUAAGAAGAAAUUGUCAAUGGCUCGGAGGGAAGCAAGGAAGACUGGCGGAGGAGUGUCAUCAGCGGAAGCGCUCACCAACACUGAGAUAAAGAUUGCUGAAACAAUGGGCCAAACCGCCGUUGAGGGAAUUCCCGGGGGAUAUGACACAGCUGCUUGCAGCACCCCUCAGUCUGUUGAUAUUGUCAACGAAGAAGACAGUGAAUUACAAGAUCAAAGUCAAAGUACAUCCAGCCAAUCAACUUGCAGUCACGGUGAAUGUAGUAGGGAAUCCUCAUCCAAUGGUAUCCACAAGAGCUCCAAAAGAAAGAGACCCUCAGCCUUUGAUGGAGAGCAGGAUCUUAUUGAAAUAGAAAAGGAGAGAUUAGAGAUAGAGAAGAAGAGGUUGGAGAUAGAUGAAGAAAGACUGAAGAUAGAGGAAAGAAGAUGCCAGUUAGAGGAAGAAAGAAAUAGAAGGGGAUUUCUCGUUUGUAACGAAAACAGAAAUGUAAAAUACUUUAUUUUAUCUGCAGAGUUCAAUGAUUUCCAAUAA